AAGACAUUUGCUAGCGCCAUUGUGGAGGUGAGUGCGGCUCGUCUGCGCGUCUCGGAGCGCCUGAGGUCGCUGUUCCGAGCGUCAGCUCUUCCUCUCUUUCGAUUUUGGAGUUAAAAUGGAGAAACACUGCACGGACUCACGAGUCAAAGGAGUCAGCACGGGGACCACCAUCCUGGCGGCCGUUUUUGAUGGCGGGGUUGUGAUUGGUUCAGACUCCAGAGCUUCAGUGGGAGAGGAGUAUGUAUCAUCUAAGACCAUCAACAAAGUGAUUCAGGUUCACGACCGGAUCUUCUGCUGCAUAGCUGGUUCACUUGCAGAUGCUCAGGCCAUCACCAAGGCUGCAAAGUUUCACCUGUCCUUCCACAGUGUCCAGAUGGAGAGCCCUCCACAGGUGAUCGCAGCAGCAUCCGUGUUGAAGGAUUUGUGCUACAAAAACAGGGAGGAGCUGCAGGCUGGCUUCAUAACAGCAGGCUGGGACAAGAAAAACGGACCACAGGUGUACGUUGUGGCUCUUGGCGGGAUGUUGAUUAAUCAGCUUGUUACCAUCGCCGGCUCAGGCAGCACUUAUAUCUAUGGCUACAUUGACGCUAAAUACAAACCCAACAUGACGAAAGAGGAAUGCCUGCAGUUUGCCACUAACGCUCUUGCUCUGGCCAUGGGCAGAGACAACGUCAGCGGGGGUGUCGCUCACCUGGUGGUGGUAACAGAAAAGGGGGUGGAGCAUGUGGUUGUACCUGGUGACAAGCUACCCAAGUUCCACGAUGAGUGACCGCCUUCGUUCCUCCUACCAUCAAACCAAUGAAAUCAAAGAGCGGUUAUUUGGACGCUGGAUUUGUAUUACCUGUUUUGUCUGUUUAGGAUGUAACAAGUUAAACACUCAACUGAAGUCAGACUCCUGAAAAACAAGUUAUUUCUACUCAGUGAAGACGUUGUGGAAAUCUAGAAACACUGCUGUAAAAACAAGUCUUUAUUACUGAAUUGCAAGCAGUCAGAGGUAGUUAUACAGAAAUCAACUUUCCACCCUUGUGACCAAACAUCAAGUUUUUGUGGGGUUUUUCCAUGU